GCUGCAUGGAAAUCCUGCUCAAAUGGAUGGUUGGUUAAUUGGUCACUGACACUCAGACUACAAACAGAAAGCUUCUGAUACCAAGAAUUUGCUCUUUGCCUAGAGAUUCUGUAACUCAUACCUACAUAGAGAUUAAAUUUGCAAAUGUUGUAUGCACACAAGUUGCCAAAGUUAUACCGUUUGAAUUGAGCAUGGAAACAAUCAGAAGAUUGUCUGAUAGUCUGAUUACUCACUUGCUCUGUAAGAAUAAAAAUAAAAUAAUAAAAUAAUAAAUACUCAGUAGUAGUAGGGUCAGCUGAGUUCAGUUCUUGGACCCUCCACCUACAUUCAGCGCACUCCUGUUGUUGUAAUCAAACUCUCAGGUCAAAGAUCUGUAAAAAAAAAAAAAUAGCAGAGUGCAUGACACACACUUGCCUACUUUCUGGUACAAUUUGCAUGUUUAACAUGAUGUGGAAGUCAUAUGGCUUAACAUUGUAUAACUCACUCUAAUAACCUUGUAAUGGAGGCCAUUUGUCUGUAUGGCACAAGCAUGUGAAAUCCCCUCACAAAAGUAAAUGCUUCUACUGUGUAUUUGGUAAUAUUAGUGGACAAAGUAAUAACAUUAUGUUGACAUGGCAAAGAAGAAAUAAUAGCUCUUAUUCUCAUUUUCAGAACAUUCGAAGGAGUGACACGUGCCACACACGGGUAACACAUUUACCCGAGACUGGAAUUUGAACUCAGAUAUGUAAGGAAUCCUUUUGAUGGACUGUCAGUCUGCAGGCGUAGUGGAAUACUGUUGGCUCUCUUGAACAUGGGAACCCUGUCACUGUGUGGUCGUUGUGGAGUAUUUUUAUUCCUCAGUUUUUGUCUGACUUCCUUCGCACCACAUUGCGAUGGAGGAAACAUUCUGGUGUUCCCUGUGGACGGCAGCCACUGGGUCAAUAUGAAGUAUCUGCUGGAAGAACUUCAUGCCAGAGGACACAGCCUCACUGUGAUCAGGUCCUCCAACAGCUGGUACAUAGCAGAAAAAUCUCCUCUCUACACGUCCAUUACAGUACCAAUGGAUGAUAGUAUGGAUGACUUUUUUGAUGUGUACCUAGAGGAGCAUAUGAGGGUGCUGAGGGAAGAAGCGUCACUACAUUCGUACUUCAAACUCACCAAACAUUUUCUUACAAUGAUUUCUGGGGCUCAUUCAGUGUGGACUGAUACUUUGGCUGAAAUAUUUAAUGAUCAAAAUAAGGUAAAAAUGUUCACUGAUACCCGGUAUGAUUUGGUUCUCACUGAUCCAGCAAUAGCGCCAGGAGUUGUGUUAGCCAAAUAUCUCAAACUGCCCUUGGUGCUCAAUGUGCGCUGGAUCACCAGUGGGGAAGGACACUUUGUGUUGGCCCCCUCGCCACUCUCUUAUAUCCCAGUGCCGGGAUCCGGCUUUACGGACAAAAUGGAUUUCAUACAGAGGGUCAAGAACAUUCUUUUCUACAGCAUUAUAUUGUUCCAGGAGAAAUUCCUGGUGGGGCCGAGCUACAACGCCCUCUGUGAUAAAUACAUUGAGGGUGGAUGUGACAUCAUCUCACUUCUUCAGGAAGCAGACAUUUGGUUGUUCAGGUCCGAUUUUGUGUUUGAAUUCCCUCGGCCCACAAUGCCAAAUGUUGUGUACAUUGGAGGAUUCCAGUGCAAACCAGCCCAGCAUCUGCCCGCAGACCUGGAGGAGUUUGUUCAGAGCGCUGGGGAACAUGGAGUGAUCAUCAUGACUCUGGGAACUUUGGUUAAGGCUUUGCCUCAAGAGGUUACGGAUGAGAUUGCCAGCGUCUUUGCCGAGCUGCCUCAGAAGGUGAUAUGGAGACACAAAGGGAAGCGUCCCUCUACGUUGGGCAACAAUACUCUGAUAGUAGACUGGAUGCCUCAGAAGGAUCUCCUUGGUCACCCACAGACCAAAGUCUUUGUAGCUCACGGAGGAACCAAUGGAGUCCAGGAGGCUAUUUACCACGGGGUCCCUGUGCUCGGCAUACCCUUGUUCUUCGACCAGUAUGACAAUCUUCUACGUUUGCAGGAGAGAGGAGCUGGAAAAAUCCUCCAACUGGCUGAUGUUAAUGGCCUCAACUUUCGGGAAGGUCUUAUGGAACUUCUCCGUCAAGACAGCUACAGGCAGAACAUGCAAAGGCUGUCACGUUUGCACAGAGAUCAGCCAAUGACACCCAUGGAUCAGGCCGUAUUCUGGGUAGAGUAUGUGAUGCGCCAUAAAGGGGCUGCUCACCUGCGUACAGAGGCUUAUAAGAUGCCCUGGUACUCAUACUACAGCCUGGAUGUAUUGUUGGUUCUGCUGACUGCAGUAACUGUGCUGCUCUACUCUACCUUGGCUAUUUUCAGGUUUUUAUGCUGUGGAAGAAAAAGAAAGACAAAAAGCAAACAACAUUGACUGUGGUCAAAUUUGCCUGGCAAAAUAUGUCAAUAUGCUAAAAUAUGCUACAUCAAGUCACCAUAAUCAAAAAUAUAUGUCAGGGUAUUAGGUUAUUGAAUUUUUUUAUCAUUUACAAUCUGUCUUUUCCCUACCAAAUACUGAAUAAAAAAAUAUUUUACACACACAGUGAAUAAAUUAAAUUCUUAAAACAUGAAGAUUUAGAUUAGAUUAGAUAUUUUAUUUAUCUCUCAGGAUAAAUAAACUAUCUAAUCUAAACAAAGUACCAAAUCUAAUCUAAAUAUAUCUUUAUGGAUUAAGAAUUUGGCUCUGAAAUACCCUCAAAUCACUGGUGUUGUCAUGAUUCUGUGAUCUUAUGUCAUUGUUGUCAAACCACUAAUGUCUCACAAUCCAGUGUAUCAGACCUUGCACCUUAACCCUUAAUGGGGCAAGGAAACUGGUAACUUCAGCACACGUUUUAAAUUGCGUCCCUGUGCCUCUCAGUAAGAUUUAAGAUUUAAGUUUUCACCGAGCCACUCAGUAAAGAUUAUGACAACAUUCUCAGGUCAAACCCGGGUCAAAUGGUCUGCAAAGCCCACCUCUGCAUGAACACUGACAAUGACAAUGUGGACAAUGUGUAUAUGUUGACAAAUGUCUGAAUUAGCUCUUAAUGUUCUAAUGGUCAAAAAAAACAAAAAACAAAAAAAAAAAAACAUGUUUACAUUUGUUUAUUCCUAAAGGGCAAGGAACCAUAUAUGGUAAAUUCAUAGAUCUUGAUUUAAAAAGUCUUUUUGUUCUUUACAAUAACACUCUGGUUGAAAUUUUGAAUUUGAACUUUUUCAAUAAGUUAAGCUGUUGUCUUGAGGAUGCUGUUGAGGUCCAGACAAUAGUCAAUAUCUUUUAUGAAUUGUAUAGCAUAUUUACCCAAAUUAAAUAUUUUGAUUGAAAAAAAUUGUCAAUAAAUGUUUAAGCAAAA